UCGGGGCGCUGCGGGAGCGGGGCCGGGUGUUCCCCGCUCCUCCACGCGUGGAAGGGCUCUGCUGAACCCCACAGUGCGCCGCCCCCACGGCCCGCGGGUUUUUUUGGGCGAAAUAAACUCGGGAAAAGUCCUCGUAGCGAAAGCGAGAAAGUCCGAGCGCAGCCGGGGUUUCAUUUGCAUAAUUGUCAAGAGUUUGAAUUACUGAUUACAACUUGUAAGCUACCAAUGUUUAAGGUAUAAUUUACUUAAUGAUCCGACAAGAUUAUUGCAGUGGUGUGGAACCCCCGGUAGGUAAAGCAGCCCUGAUUCAGCGUCCUCGAUCCGGGGCUCUGUGAAUUGUGAGACUGGUUCCUCGCAUCGGCUUCUUUUUAUUUUAAUUUUUUUUUAACUUUUUUUUUUUUUUAAACGAAAAUCCCGUCUGUCUAAUGUUUUCGCGCAAACUCGGGACUGGGGAAGCAGGUGGGAGGUGAGACAGGCAUUUUCGGACGCCGUGAGCACACUUUCAUCUAAGCUUAGAAAAUACUUCCCUGCCAAAUUGCUACCUUUCUGCAGGCAUUUGAUCUAUGCAGUUAUGUGUGUCAGACAAAAUGAACAUCGUUUUCAAAAGCAACGACUUCUCCCAGUGUUUUAAGGUGCAUCCGGAUCGCUGCUCAUUUACAUGAGAGGAGCAAGUGUUUGUUUAUUGUGGCAGAGACAAAAGCUGACCCUGGACAGUGCUGGCUGCGGAGAUCUCGGCUAUCAGCGCCGGGACGAGCCGCCCGAGAGCUGCUAUUAAAGGCCCGAGAUAGACCCACGUCUCCAGAUUUAACCAGCUCACACUUCACUCACUUUCCCCAUCCCAAAGAUCAGGGAAGAAAAAUAACGAGAGCGCUAAUUAAAAUUUUAAAAAAAAUCCAAACACCGUAAACCCCUCCAUCAGACUAAAUGAAUGAUCUAAAAAUAAACCCGAGGAGGACGGGGGUGCUGGAAGUAACUGUUGGAGGUGUUAUCUGCCUUAUCUACCACGCAGGUGCUGAUUUGCAGCAGUUGCAUUAAGCCCAUCAUCAUCAGCGACUCCACAUUAUCAUUUUUGGUGGAGUCUCUAUUUAUUUUUAUUUUUUUUAACGACGGUGUUUUUCUUCCAGGGAUGUUUCUUUGAAAUGCAGUUCGCGACGAUUAUUAGCGAGUGUGCUUGCGCUGCUCCUGGCGUCAUUAAGACUAGGAAUCUAAAUAAUAAAAUACAGGGGGAGCUUGAAGUUCAUUUGUAUUAAAGGGACAAGAUGGAUUUAGAAAGAAACGAGGGAGGGAACAGUCGAGCCUCCCUGGUUUGGGAUCAGCUCUUCUUCCUUCCAAAGUAGAGUUGUAAAAACGUUGGUUAUUUUUAUUAUGACCUCAGAAGCCAGAUUUUGUUUCUGCUCAGAAAUGUCACACUGAGAAACGAACACGUUUUUAUCAUUCUUUGGAAUUGUCAGUGCCCGAACACCUUCGUUUUGGUGGCCAAACUCACGAAGAUGAAUUCGCGUUCUUUAUUGUGUAUCUAGGAAUAAUAUUUAUAAACAGAAACGUGGAAGAGGAUGAGGGGAGUAUAAGAAAUUACCUAAACAAGGCGACCGAAAUAAACACUUGGCUUCCAAAACAGCAAGGCAAGAGAGCAGAGAGGCUGCUGAACACGACCAAGUUUGAGAGAAACUUUCCCGUGCAUCCACUUGCCCCUCGCUCUGUGCUCGCAGCCGCUGCCAGCGGUCGGCGCAGGGUCCGGGACCCGCGGGGAGCGCAGGGCGAGGGAAGAGAAGGGAAGGGAAGGCAGGGAGAGAAGGGAAGGAAGGGCAGGGGCGGGCACUGCCCGUGCCCUCCACCGGGUGCCCGGCAGGUGACGGAUGCGGGCCCUGCCCGGGUGCUGCUGCCCAGGGAUGCUUUGGUGCUGCCGGGCACACGGGCAGCUCAGCUGCUCCGGUCUUCUCUGAGCUCGGGGAGGGGAUAACGCUCUCGGAGCCGCUCCCUCUCGGCAGCGCGGCGUUCCGCACUUCGCUCAGAGCCCGGGUCCCCGCGGCCGGACAGACGCUCCGCUUCCAGCACACUCCGGGGGAUGCGCAGGCAGCCGGGGCUGCUGCACGGACACCGAACCGCCCCGGACACGCCUCCGAGACACGGGGCAGAGCAGGGUCCGAUCAGCAGCCGGACAGGGAGAGCCAGCCCUGAUGCUGAGCAGAGAGGAACGAGGUCACCACUUCCUUGUGCCGGGCUGCAUUAGAAUCGAAAACAAUCGCAGCAGAGAAACAAAACCAGCUCAGCCCAAGGGAUGCAAAUCCAGCGGCAGACACGGCUCCAAGCAGGAGGACUGUUAGCACAAAUAAAAGGACUUUAGUUCUCCAGAGCAAACAGAGACGUUGGCUGCAGCCCAAGGAUCUCCAGUGAACAACUGUAACCUGCAAGGUGCAUUUAAAAUGGCUCAGCAAACUUCCAUCCACAUCCAUGCUCUGCCUCACUUCCAGCAGUAAAUGCUAUUUCAGGUGUAUUCCUGUUUGCCUUGACGCCUUGAAUUUGGUGAUUUAACACAGGAGAACAUUCCCACGCCUCGUGAUCCUUCCCUGCAAGGAUCCUGACAGGAAGGAGCUCUCAGGCCAGGCUGCUCUGCUGCCUCCAGGAGCAGCUGUGCACUCUGCAUUCCUUGCACAGGCACUGGGACAGCCCUGUGCCCCACCAAGCACUCAGGGCCUGCAGAUGAAGCUCACUUCAAUCAGUGACAUGGAUUUGGCUGCCCCAGAGUAACUCCCUGUGCUGCCAGGAGGUGCCAAACCCUGUCUGGAGGCACCCAGGGGACAGAUGAGCAGCUCCCUGCCCACAUUGGAGCAGACUGGUUCAGUGCUGUGAUGGUUUUUAAGGGGUCAGGGAGCUGAGCCUCCAAAGCCUCCUGGGCAGUUUCUGCUUGGCUUUUCCAGGUCAGCAGCCAGGACAUUAAAACACAUUUCAUUGUCCCACCACUGUCCCUGCCAGGCAGAGAUUGAGGCCAUUCCCAGGCUUUGUACUUAUAAUAUAAAUACAAAUACAAAUAUAAAUAAAAUACAAAUUUCCUCCUGGCACAGCUGGGAUGGAGGCACCUCUCCUGGCCUGGCCAUGCCCUCAGCUCUGCAUUUCCCUGCCCAGUCUCCCAGGAAAAUGCUGCGAGUGCUCCGCAGCCCCCACCCCUGCAAAGGGCACCUGGUGUCGUUGUCAGGGCUCCUGAAAUAUUGCAAGUUGCUAAUUAGGCAAUAAUGACCAAUGGGAAGGGCACUUCCCGGCUGUUAACUGCAGACUCCUGAGCUGGAAGGUCGCAAUCAGUCACCCAGGAAUUACUAAAGGAUGCAGGAGGAGAGAAGCAGACCAAGAAGAGCAAAAAUCUCAUUUUUUAGCACUCCUUCACUGCCCUGCCCAGCAGGGAGGGAGGGCAGGCACCCCAGCCCUGCUCAGGCUGCUCUGCUCCUGCCCCUCUCUCCCAGUUACUCCCCUUUCCCAAUUAAUCUCCGUGCUCACGAAGAAACAGGACAUUAGCUAUUCAAGGAUUAGCUCAUUUUUUAAUAUCUAGCUAAAAGGUGAAGCUGCAAUUAGCAGUAAUGUGCUGCUGCUGGGCCUGUGGGUGCUGAUCCCUCCCCACUUCUGCGGGGAAGGUUUACACCUACUCCUCUCCUUCCCAACUGGGACAUUUCCCCCAUUUCACACUGGGCUGGCUCUGCUCCCCCUGGCAGGUGGCUGCAUUUCAGCCCAGUGGCUUCACAGGUUAAUGAAACUGCUGUGAAUGACUGCCUCUCCUCGGGGCUGACCCUCCAAAACCCCGUGGUUGUGUUUCUGCAGAGCAGCACCUCUGGUUAGACACACCUGGCAGAGCUCCUGCACCUCUUCAGCCUGGCCUGGGGCCACCUCUGAGGGACAAGCAGUGACAAAAAUUCACAUCCCCGUGCCCUAAUUCCCCACCCAGGACCUGGCAAGUGCACCCUGCUCUAAAUACAAGCAAAGGGGAGCCAGAGGGGAGCAAAGGACCUGUCCAACAGACAUGGGAUGGAAUCCCCCCCUCUCUUUUCCUGGCAGGGAGGAUGCUGGUGCUCGGAUUUUUUACCAAAAACCCAAUUUUCAUCUGAGUCCCCAGCUCAGAUAACAGCAAAGGGUCAGAAAGCUGACAUUGAGAGGACCCUCCCUCACCCCUCUAAAUCAUGGAAUCACAGAAGGUUUGGUUGGAAGGGCCCUUAAAGCUCAUCUCAUUCCAUCCCUUCCAUGGGCAGGGACACCUUCCACCAGACCAGGCUGCUCCAAGCCUGUCCAAGCUGGCCUUGGACACUGCCAGGGAUAUCUAUUACCUAAUCUGAUAUCUAUAAUAUCUAUCUAUCUAUCUAUCUAUCUAUCUAUCUAUCUAUCUAUCUAUCUAUCUAUCUAUCUAUCUAUCUAUCUAUCUAUCUAUCUAUCUAUCUAUCUAUCCAUUCUCUAUCUCUUCAAUUCCUUAUGGCAGUGCCUUGGUAAAAAACUGUAAAAAUAAGGGAAAUCAGAAAAUGCAGAUGAGAAGGUGCAGAAUUGUCAAAGGUGCAGAAUUUUGCUCACCUAAGGAGGUGCCCAGAAAUAUUCUCCAGUCCCUGAAGACCUCCAGGAUCACAGCUCUGAGAUGCCUCCAGACAAGCAGGAGAUCAUACACAAGAAGCAGAUUUCAUGGCCAAGGUUAGCUUUUGGCUAAAGAAAGAGUGAUAAAAUUAUAGAGGAAAUUUCACUUGCAGAGCUUUGAACAUUCAGACUUUUUUUGGAGAACAAAAAUUAGCUGAAAGCUCACAGUUUGCAGGCUGUUUUCGUUGCCCUGUCCUUGGCAUAGCUGCAGACAGGCAGGGAUUGCUGCACCUUGCUGGGAGCUACAGGCAGAGCUGGGCAGCACAGGAAUUCCCCCUUCAGCAGGAUGGAAUUCUCCCUUUGGGGAGAAGAUGACAGCAGCCAAAAGGAAUAUGGAAAAAUGAACCAUUCAAGCAAACAGAUUUUUUUUUUUUUUAAUGUAGUAUUUCCUAUUCCCUUGGCCCAAGGGAUGCUCUGAACAUCCCUGUCUAAUCCCUGCACCCAAAUGAUGUCAGCUCACCUGACCUGGAUGCAGGCACGAGGCAGGGUGUUCCUCUCCUUCCCUGUCCAGCUGCUCCCAUUCCCAGAAAAAGCAGGAAAGUCCUGUUAUCCUGUCUGGAUAACCCUGAUUAUUUCCUGGGAAUGUUCAAGCCAGUCAUGAUGUGAUGGGCCCACAAGAGCCAGAGCAUGGGAGGUUUUUCUGGAACACUUCUUGGGGACCAAACCCUGCUCACUUUUCCCCAGGUGAGAUCCUUCCCUUGGUGGGGGUGCUAAACCAGCAGCACCAGGGGCAGAGUGAAAGGACCUGUUUGUCUCCAGUGCAAGGAGCUUUUCCCAUUCUUCAUGAGGAGCAGAAACCUAUUAGGAAUCAUACAAAGCAGGAUUUAUAUGCAGCCUAGAUUGAUGAGCCAUGUUAUGCUACCUUUUAAAAAAAAUCCCAAAGCAGUCCACACCCAGCACAAAUCAGGGGAAUAAAGGCUUUUAACAGACAGUCUGUGAAUUCUUUAAAAAAUAUUCCAUCCUGCCCGUACAAAAGGUUGGUGAGGAAUUUACAAACGUCCUAAUCUCCCCCUAAUCCUUUAAAACACCGAGCUGUGAUCACAGAUGCUGCUGGGUGAUUAUGUGUCUUCAAGGGCUUGUUUGGAUACUUAUUUAAGAGAUACCAAGUCACUUUCGUCAUAGACAUUCACCGUGGCCUGACGUGUUUUUGUUGCACAUUCUUCUGAAGAGAAACCCCAGGUCUGCUGGGAAAGGCCAGCCACCCCCAGCCCGUGCCACUGGCACAGCUUUGGGGACAGCCAGGGCUCUGCUCCAUGGGUGAGGGCACAGAGUUCAAACUCAUGGAGGAUGCAAGGGGACAACACUCCUCUCCUUCCUCUCACCCUCUGCUGCUUCUUCUUUGCCAGUGGGGAGGGCAAUGGCUCAGCUCAUCCUAAAAAAUGUUUCAAGGCUCAUCAAUCUCAUUCUAAAAAAUACUUCAAGGCUCAUCUCAUUCUAAAAAAUGUUUCAAGGCUCAUCUCAUUCUCAAAAACACUUCAAGACUCAUUCUAAAAAAGCACUUCAAGACCUACCCAGAAGAAGCUGCAGAGGAGGCUCUCAGUGUGUUAUUACACUGGUGGUGCCUUCAGCAAGCUCCUAAUGGAGACUUUGGCUGCUUUAAGUUGUGUGUGAUAUUUCUGUGUGCACAGAUAACCAGGGCAGAGCUGACUUUUAACUGCUCAUAUGUGUUUAAUUAGAGUUGCAUUUUUAAUCCUUUUAAUUUGUAUCUCUUUCUUAAUAACCUCAGCUUGGCAAGGGUUGAAAAGGAAGAAGUGUCAUUUGAAUAUUGGGUAAAACCUGGUAACAGCUGAGCAGAUUGUUUAGCAAAAGGGUUUCAGAAUGUUCUUUAAAGACUGUGGGUAGCAGUUGUAGCUAAGCCGAGGUUUGCAUCCUUUGGGAAUAAUUUCAGAGCAGCUUAAUAAAAACACUCUGGAGCUCAAUAUAUCAUCUAAGGUAUGGGGUGUUUAGCAAGUGUUAUUUGUCUGUAAUCUCCAGGCAGGUAAGAUCACAGCAAUUUUGAUUUUUGCAGCACAGUUCUGAAAUCUCAAUGCAAUCACGCCAUAAAUUCCUAUUUAACUUUUGCACCAAAGGAGGAAAAGUCAUUGCAGACUUCUGCAAUCCCUGCUGAUGAAAGGAAACAUGCUCAGAGGUUAAAAAUCCUAUGGGAAUGCUCCAAGCUGAAUGAGUGAAAAUACUUUCAAUAAUCUCUAAGUCUUGAACCCAGCUCUGAUGGGGAGGAAUGAACCCAUUUCACAAGCACUUGCUUCUUUGCUUCAGAUAAAUCUGAAAUUUUAUCUCAGAAAAAAACCAACUCUCUGAUUAAAUGCAGGAUAACCUGAAAAGAAGAACAGAUAAAAUCAGCAAAUACAGUUGCAAAUGGUACCAUGAAUUUUACCCAACACUGUGGAUGGAUCUCAACCCAGGAGACAGCCCAGACUCCUCAGGCAGGUGAUUUCUGCUCUAGAAGAAACAAGGCCAAGAGAUCAUGUGAAAAGAUCACAUAAAACCACUCUGACACUUUGGGUGUCUUAUGUGGCAUAAUCUCCUUCUCAGCAGUUUUGCUGCACCACCAAAAUCCAACAUUUUGGUGUAAAAAUGGCCACUCUGGGCAGUGUCUGUGCCCUUCAAAUGAAGGGAUUUGCUGGGUUUGCUGUUUCUGACCAGCUGCUAAGAGAGGCCAGCUCUCAGCAUGUUCCACUUUGGGGAUUCCUCAGCCUCUUCCCAGUGCAUGUGAGGGAUCAGCACACAGUCAACUAAAGUUUAUUUUUCUUUGCUAUCAUGCACAGGCUGCUUGGAAAGGGCCCAUGAAGCCCUGAGCUGCUGGAGCUGGCUGGAAAGUGCAGGUUUCAAAAAAGGCCAAGUGCUAAAGCAAGAGCUUAAUUUGUGCUCUGGCAAAACACAGCAUCCUUGUCCUCAGGACAGCUCUCACAGGCAGCACUAGGAGCUCACAAACCACCUCAUUUUCCAUUCCUGAAGAUGGAAGGAAACAGCCCAGUUCCCAGCCAAUCCCCAGCCCAAGCUGCUGACCAGAACUGGUCACCUCUCCCUCAGCAGCUCCAACCCAGCAGGAAUUCUCUGCAGAUGCAGCAGCUCCCUGCUCCUUCCAGCCAGCAUUCCUCCCCUGUGUGUGCCCAUGCCCACACUCCAGCCCAACAAAGGCAAGUCCCUGCACGAAGCUCUGCAGCUGUUGCAUAUCUGCAGGAAGGGAUCUCCAGCAGCCCUGGGAGCAGCAAGCCUGCCCUGCUCUGAUUUGCUCUGACUGCUCCAGUUUUGCCCUGGAUUGCUGUGGCCACGCAGCUCUGGGAUGUUUUGAAAUCAGUAAUGGUUGCUCUGGUCAAGGCUCUUGCCCAACACUGCUCUGUGGCUGAGGGGAUGUUCCGUGCUGGGGGUUGUGUGAUGCUUCCCAGAAGGCUCCAGAGUUCUCAGACAAAAUUACAGAGUUUUGUUCAUUCCUUUUGUUCAUGCCAUCGCUCGGUUGUUUUCAUAUGAGCCAUUUUCUGAGUGGGAAAUAGGGAUAAUCCCUGUGAUGGUGACAUGGGUGACACGCCACCAGCCCUGCAGAGCACACAGAAUUCACAGAAUUCACACAGCAGUGAGGGCUGAGUGGAAGCAGGAAAAACUCACUGAUGUGACACAGGGAAUUCAGCUGUUGAGGAGAGCCCCUGCUCAAAGAGGGGGAUUUUCACAUUUCCACACCAGACUGCUCCUGGGCUGGUGGAUAUCCUCCCUGGGGAGGUGGCAGGGGGUGUGAUGCCAUCUGAUGUCCUCGUGUUGAGGUGCACAGUAAAGUCUGACAGACACAAAAUGUCCCCGUGGGGGGCAGGGGGCUCAGAGGGGUGUCCUGCCUUUCUGUGUGUGGGUGGGGAGGGUUGGUUUGGUCCUGCUGGAGUGGAACAGCAAAGGAUUCCAUUGCUGGGGCUGUUUGAAGGGCAGCAGUGAUCCCCAGCACAGCUGCAGGUGAUUCCCAAGGGGAGCAUCCAGAGCAAGGGAAAACAGCUGCAGGGAUGCCCUGCACCAUCCUGGAGCCAGGACCUGCCCCUGACCUUUCUGCUCUUCACCCUUCCCACUGCACCUCCAAACACUGCAGCUACCCAGCCCUGCUGGGGACACAAACUCUGGGAACCCCUGCCUGCCUCGGAUUUCUUUCCUGUCAAUAAUUUUUGGACUGAUGUUGAAGCCGACCUCACCAACCACCCCUCAGUGAGGGUGUGAUGGCACCUGUGAGGGAGGGAUCAGGAGGGGAUGGCAUUGAUUAACCCACCCAGCACUAAUUAGCUGACCCAGCCAGCAGUGCCAAACCACUGUUCUUAAUGUUUCAGUUGGGUUUUUUUAACCAGGAUGGUGCCACCUCUGUUUGCCCAGACCUCAAACACCAAGGGAAGAUUGGAGCACAAUCCUGUACCAAGCCCAUGGGCAAGGCAAGGAACGUGACAAGAGCACAGCAAGUGCCACCCAAAUUCAUGGCCUGCAACUCUCCUCCAGUGCCAACAGCUUCCCUGGGUGCCAGCCCCACAGCAGCCAGGCCCUUGUGCCAUCUUCUCCCAAAAUCCUGCCCUGCCUUUGAUAUGGUAAUCCUGCACAAGGCAAAUUCUCCCAUUAGAAUAAAGUCCAUUCUGGUCUCCCUGCAAUCUGCAUGAUCCAGUUCAAAGUUAAAUUAAAAAUCCCAACCUGUGUGAAUGUUGCAAUCGCAUUAUGAAAUCUGUAAAUCUAUUUUUAAUGUCUUAAUGCUGCUCUAGUUGAACGAGGCAAGGCGACUGCUGCAUGGCAUUUGCUUUACACUUUUUGGGAUUCUCAUGCACUCAUUAAAUAUUCACUCUGCAGUCUUUGCAUUUCCAGUACUGCAGGACCCUAAAAUAGAAGACAAGUUUUUCUUUCCCUCUUUUGUUUCUGAAAUUCCAGCUUGACUCUGGGAUCUCUCCAAAUCAAAUGUGAAGCACUAAACACUGCAAGGAGAAAAUGUUUCAAAUUAAUACAGAUGCCAGAAAAUAGGAUUUAAAUCCUAAACAUGCAGCUAUUUACACUGAUUUUGGGAGGUGACAGAGCAAAAUGUUUGAUUUCAUUUCAACUUUAAGAUAUAUGCAAUGUUAAUUCUCUGAGUAGCUUGUUUUUAUUAAGAAAAUAUUUGAAAAUCGCUGGAACAACUCUCCCAAAUCAUCAUCUUACAGAACAUUUCUUGGGGGAGCAGUUUGUGCUUUUCAUUCUGAUCUGGGAUGGAAACAAGCUCUGAAAGACUGGAAUUUUCUCUGUAACAAACUCUUUAUUUUCUGACUGCCUUGCUUUGAAAAAUCAGUGUAUGAAGCAGUGAAAUGAAUGCUGCUGUUGUCACUCGGGAGCUGUGCCCUGAGAAGUCGGGCUCUGCCUCUCCCUCUCUGCAGCCACCUCUUCAUCACCCUUAAUGUCCCAGAUGGGAUUAACUCCUCCAUAGGAAGUGUAUACAAAAAUCAUGUGUAUGAAACAGCCGAGAGAGCAGGAAAGGACGGCAGAGGCGAUGGAUUUGUCCCGAAAUCCCAGAUUUUCCCAGCAGAGCUCUGUGCCAGGGGACACGGAGCGGCUCCUGCAGCGCCGCGGACACCGCGGGUACCACGACAUCAGCGCCACUUGUCCCACGGAGCCGCAGGGCAGCGGGCACGGCAGGAGGUGGCAAAGGGAAGGUUUGGCACCGCUCUGGAUGCCCGAGGCUUUCCUCAGCCGGAAAGAGACGGGGAUGGACACGGCGGGGAUGGACACGGCGGGGAUGGACACGGAGGGGAUGGACACGGAGGGGAUGGACACGGAGGGGAUGGACACGGAGGGGACGCACAGCCCCGCCAGCCCGGGCACUGCGGGCUCCUUGGAAGGGCUGGCUCUAGGUCUGCGGAGGGGCCACUGGGCUGUGCCCGCUCUGUCCCUCCCUGUUCCUCCCAUUCCCCUCUGUUUUUCCCGGCCCCUCUCUGUCCCCUCUCGGCCACCCUCCUGUCAUCUCUGUACCCUGUCCCUCUCUAUCCCCUCUCUGUCCCUCUUCAUGCCCUCCUUUACCCCUCUGUCCCCUCUAUAUCCCCCUCAGCUCGCUCUCUAUGCCCUCCCUGUCCCCCCAUCCUCUCUCCGUCCCCUCUAUCCCCUCUCUGUCCCCUCUGUCCCCUCUCUGUCCCCUCCUGUCCCGCAGCGCUCCCGGCGCUGCCGUGCCCGAGCCGCUGCCGCCCCCUCGUGGCCGCUGUCCGGAAGCGCAGCCCGGCCUCAGCCCGCGGGCCGAUUUUUGCUCCAAAUUCCUUAAAUAAAACAAAAUAA